AUGGAGUGGGAAGAAGAGGACAAUGGGGGUAGAGAUAUGAGGAAGACAUGGAGACGAUUUGAUGUCCCAACACCCAAGUCGUCUAACUCAGAGGACGAUCUCCCUGAAGAAUACCCAGUGGUCAAAAACAUGCUUCAUAGACUGACAGCCGACCUGACCCUGGACCCUGGCACCGCACACCGCCGCCUGCUUAUCUCCGCCGACCACCGCAGCGUCAGACUGGCCCCACCAGGGACACCCGUGCCCCCUGACGGCCCCAAGCGCUUUGAUCAGCUCCCGGCGGUACUGGGCGCACAAGGCUUCGGGGCUGGCCGCCACUGCUGGGAGGUGGAGACCGCUGAUGCCGCCUCCUGCAGAGACUCUUCUGGGGAAGAGGAGAACGACGGGGAGAGCCGCUAUGCCGUGGGUGCAGCCGGGGAGUCGGUGCAGCGCAAGGGCCGCGUAAGGCUGUGCCCCGCGGGGGCUGUGUGGGCCCUGGAGGGCCGCGGAGGCCGCCUGUGGGCCCUCACAGCACCCGAGCCUACCCUGCUGGGCGGCGCCGGGCCCACGCCGCGGCGCAUUCGAGUGGACUUGGACUGGGAGCGGGGCCGCGUGGCCUUCUACGACGGCCGCUCGCUGGACCUGCUCUACGCCUUCCAGGCGCCCGGCCCCCUGGGAGAGCGCAUCUUCCCGCUGCUGUGCACCCGCGACCCCAGCACCCCGCUCCGCAUCGUGCCGGCGGAAGGUUGAGUCUUGUCCCAGCACCAGUACUAGGUUGGCAGGCCGCCAAGAAGCUGCUUCCCCUUGGGCACGGAUAUCCCCAUUCAUUGCAAGGAUCAUGUCCACGCGCCCACUGCAGGAGUAUUGAUAAGACCCACCCCAACAUUCUCUCUCUUCCCACCAGAUAACAAGACCUCAACUGGCCCCAGCUUUCCACAUCCAUGCCCACUCCCUCUCAGGAAUCUUUCUCCCCCACCACUACCAAACCGAUUUUCCCCCUUCUGUAUUAUUCCAGGCUUGAAUUGGGAAUAAGCCU